AUGUUCGCCGUGGUCACCAAGUCACAGCUGGACAGAGAGCAACAAUCAACAUAUGAUAUAACAAUAAUUGCAAAGGACGCUGAUUUUGGAACUCCAUUACUAAGCAACAAUGUCACAGUCAACGUCUUCAUCCUGGAUCAGAACGACAACGCUCCAGUCAUCCUGUAUCCACUCAGCUCCAACGGUUCUGCUCAAGUGGGUUUUUGCGGAGCUUUUGCACAGAUCAGAUAUUCCAUAUCCGAGGAGGUUCAAGAUGGAACCAUCGUGGGAAAUAUAGCUAAGGAUUUGGGGCUUGAUAAGAGUGCACUCAAAGGCAGAGGAUACCGCAUUGUAACAGGCUCAACGGAAUCACUGUUCCAGGUGAAUCAAAACGAUGGCAUCCUGUAUGUGAAAAGAAGGAUAGACAGGGAAGAGGUGUGCGAACGAAGCAGUGCAUGCACCAUCAACCUAAAAACCGUGCUAGAAAACCCACUAGAGAUUCACUAUGUGGCAGUGGAAAUACUAGACAUAAAUGAUCAUUCUCCCGUUUUUCCAGAGAAAGAGAAAAGGCUUGAAAUUUCCGAGUCGGCUCUACCAGGAGCGAGAUUUCAGCUACAGGCCGCGCGUGACCCCGAUGUGGGCCAAUUCGCAAUUCAGCAAUAUAAACUAAGUCAUAAUGAAUAUUUUAGAGUAGAAGUAAAGGACCGUGGCAAAGACCAGAAAAUACCAUUCUUAGUUCUGCAGAAGCAGUUAGACAGAGAAACAAACGAGAAGCACAAGUUACGUUUAACAGCCGUUGAUGGAGGGAAACCGGCGAAAUCAGGCGAUAUAGAAAUCACUGUGGAUGUACUUGAUAUUAAUGACAAUUCCCCAGUGUUCACCAAAGAGCUGUAUUCUGCUACACUUAAAGAAAACAUCCCCACUGGCACUGUCGUCAUUCAAGUGAAUGCAACAGAUUUGGACCAGGGAGCAAACGGUGAAAUAAUAUAUUCAUUCGGUAACGAAGUCGAUCCAAAAAUAAUGGAGAUUUUUAGUAUAGAUGCAAACACUGGCGAAAUUCAUGUAACGGGUAAGUUAGAUUUCGAGAAAAGUACAAGUUAUGAAAUUGAUAUUCAGGCAUCUGAUAAGGCACAGGUUCCAUUAAAAACUGGCAAGAGUGUCGUGAUAACCGUUGCUGACGUGAAUGACAAUGCACCUGAGAUAGAAGUGACAUCAUUUUCUAGUUCUAUCAAGGAAGAUUCAAAGAUAGGAACUACAGUGGCCCUCAUUAGUGUCACCGAUUUAGACUCUGGAAUCAAUGGUAAGGUCAUUUGCGCAAUCAAACAAGGAGUCCCGUUUACGUUAUCUCCAUCAUUACAGGAAAAUAUGUACGCUAUAGUUACCAUCUCCCAGUUAGACAGAGAAAUUACUUCUCAAUAUGAUGUCACGAUUAUUGCAAAGGACUCAGGUGAACCUCCCCAUUUAACUGAAAAGACUAUAAGCGUGGUUAUAUCAGAUGUAAACGACAACAGUCCAGAGUUUUCAACAAGUCCUUACACGUUUUAUAUCACAGAGAAUAACAGUCCAGGAGCCUCCGUAUUUGCGGUGAAAGCCUCUGAUCGUGAUGAAAAUGACUGUGCACGCGUUUCCUAUCAUAUCAUCAGAGACGGAAGUGAAGAUAAUAAAAUCAGUUCAUUUCUAAAUAUAAACUCGGAUAAUGGGGAGAUUUUAGCGCUGAAAAGUUUUGACUUUGAAACGCUGAAAACUUUCCAGUUCCAAGUUGUUGCCUCAGAUUCUGGAACUCCGUCACUAAGCAACAACGUCACAGUCAACGUCUUCAUCCUGGAUCAGAACGACAACGCUCCAGUCAUCCUGUAUCCACUCAGCUCCAACGGUUCUGCUCAAGGUGUGGAGGAGAUUCCCCGAAACGUCAACGCAGGACACUUGGACAGAUCAGAACACUUCGUUCAUUCACAGAGACAGACGAGGCUGAGCAUAAACUGCUCAUACUGGUCAAAGACAACGGCAACGUUUCUCUCUCAGCAACAGCUACUGUGA